AUCGAGGUCAGUGUACUAGAUUUAUCCUGCGCAUGCACUAAUCUAUAAAAGCAACUCUCAGCUGUUUUUUGAAGACUUGUGAAAACGGUACUUAAAGCGAGUGUAGCAUUCAGAGAUAAGAAUAACACACAGAGAGAAGGAAUAAAAGAUUCAAUCAUGUUGACGUUGUCCAUGAACACCCAGACCAUUUUGGCGGGAAUGAGCAUUGGUCUUUUUGUGUACUACGUCAUCAAACGGAUGCGGUAUCGUCUGCCACCUGGACCAUGGUGUAUCCCACUAGUUGGACACUAUAAAAUUUAUUCAUCGCCUGAGAUUCACGUAAAAAUCGCAAAGCUUGCAAAGGAAUACGGUCCUAUAGUCCGGCUGUCUGCUGGUCCUCAAACCUGGGUUGUUCUUAAUGACAUCAACUCUGUGCUGGAAGCAAUGGUAAAGAGAAAAGCUGAUUUCGCUGGAAGACCACAUUUUGCAUCAGGUGACAUGUUUACAGAAGGAGGAAAGGAUAUAGCCUUGGCUAAUUAUUCAGCUUCCUGGAAAUUCCAUAGGAAAAUAGCCGGAAAGGCCCUUAGGCAUUAUCUUCAAGGGGAUUUAUUGGAAAACAUGAUUCAAGACAAUAUGAAUAAAUUUUUGGACAAAAUGGCUGAAGAGAAAGGACCAUUCGUUUUUAAAGAAUAUGUGGAUCUGAUGGUUUUUCAUCAACUGUACACAAUAUGUUUUGGAGAAAAACGUCCUGUAGAUGACCCGGAAGUGAAAGAGUUUAUAAAAUUAGACAAUGAUUUGUCGGAGAAAUUUGGUGCCGGUUUUUUUGAAGACAUAUUUCCCUACCUGAAAAACAUCUUUACAACGGCAAAAUGGAAGGUAUUUCUUGUGCUUUCAGAAGAAGUGCUGAACAUUCUCCGGAAAAAAUUCAAAGAACAUAAGGAAACCUUCCAACCAGGAGUAAACAGGGACUUUAUAGACAGCAUGCUUAUCGCCAAACAGGAAGCGAAGGAUGAGGGCGAUGAGGCGGUCCUGGAGAUCUUGGAUGAUACGCACCUGGUCCAGACAAUUUCUGAUAUUUUCUUUGCGGGGGUUGAUACAACUCGUUUCACAAUGGACUGGUUCGUUUAUUUCAUGACACGAUUUCCAGAAUUCCAAGAAAAAUGUCAGGAGGAAAUUGACAGAGUUGUUGGUCCCCAUCAGCCCUCGAUGAAGGAUAGAAGCAAAUUGGAUUAUACUGAGGCCUGUCUAUUUGAAUCGAUGCGACUUUCAAAUGUUCUUGGUCUCGGGGUCCCACACAUGACAAUCUGUGAUUCACAAAUUGGGGGAUACGAUGUACCAAAAGGCACUACUGUAUUAAUUAACUUCUGGGCACUUCACCAUGACCCUAAACAAUGGAAGGACCCAGAGCAAUUUGACCCACAUCGCUUUCUUGAUGAAAACGGCAAAAUGAAACCUAUAAAACCGGAAAGUUGGCUUCCAUUCUCAGCCGGACGCCGAGUUUGUUUGGGAGAAACGUUAGCCAAACCAGAGAUCCUACUGAUGUGUGCCAAUCUUCUAAAACGAUUUGAAAUAAGUCUCCCAGAGGGCGUGAAGCCCAAUUUAGAGUAUCAUAUGCAGGGAUUUGGUGUAGAACUGCCAUCUGAUUACAAAAUUGUGGUAAAAGAAAGAUCUGGAUGAUUAAACGUGGUUAUGGAACAGAUUCUUCAUUAAAGCUGCUUUGAUCGAUUUUUUCGCUGUAACAUUAUCAAAUUAUUUUCCAUACAAACCAAUUAUCUUAAAAAGUUAGAGAGUUUCACCAAUUUAAAAGUACAUAAGCAGAAACAGUCCUCUUUCAAAAUUAAAAAUAAUCAAAUCAAAUUUUAUAUGGAAACAAAAAAUGCAUCAUAGGAUUUUCAUUAAAAUGGGAACUGUUUGGUUUUAUCUCACGAUUUGUUGGACUUAUAUUCAACGAAUGAAAACAAUACAAACUUCAAAAAUAUCAGUAAAAAAUGUACACUUUUUUUAUAUGGGUCAACAGUUUUAGAAUCCUAUUGGGGUUUUUUUUACAGUAAAUGUUAAAGUCUAAAUGCAAUCGCCUCCACGCUGGGGCAAAUCUUAAUAAGGGACAUAUAACGCAGUAACUUUCAAGGAAGGUUUCUAAUGUUAACAAAUUUUAUAUCAUUUUUUCAUGGAAAUCAAGCUUAAUUGACUUGAAAAACUACUGAAAUACCUUUUAUUUUAUACUAGAACAUAUAUUAUACAAACCCGCCGCUAAAUGUAAAAUCGGAUCAAGCAGCUUUAAAAACACAUCUAUGUAAGAAUGGAACAAUUACAAUUCUGACAUACCUUGCUGGUCAAAAAAAAAACCGAUCGAAUUACCUAUUUACAUAGUUCAUUUUAUCCUUAGGGUUAUUAGAUUUAUCUCUCAUAUCACUAUCACUCAUUAUUUGUGAGUCAACUUGUUUACUUGGUUAUAUUUUUUCAUUAUCCACUUAGCAUGACAUCAUCAAUCAAUUCUAGUACAAAUAUGUCACACUUGUUUUUGAAUUUUUUUUCUAUUAGACGAUGAUGAUAAGAAAUGCAUAAUUAUGCAGUAGGUACAUAUACUAAUGAAUUGUUCAUCUACCAUCGCUUUCGAUGUACCUAUCAAUUGAUCUGUCAACGUGAAACGUUAUUAUUUUUUUGUUGUGUAUGCUAUAAUUUCAACUUGGUUUGAAAAAAACCCCAAAUGUAUCGGGACCAUUUAUAUACCGUAAUUGUUCUAUUAGAUACAUGUUCUUCAGGUUUAAAUUGUUUGUAAAAUUUUUAAUUU